GCUACAGCUUCAACUAUAUAACACCGUUAGGACCAGCAGAGCACGUAGAAUUCUCCUUUUCACUCUCUGUGCAAAUCAGAGCCACUUCCAUCAGCACUGAUGAAGUGUAACCAUCUUCUCUCCUGGGCCUUUGUGCUUGUGGCCUCGAGCCCACUGCUGGCCCACCCCAUUACAGAAUCUGCUGAGAUGCCAUAUCCAGGACCUGUAUCAGCGGAGGACCGAGGAAUCAGCAGUCUGGAUGAUCUGCCUCUCUCUGAGCAGGAUGGUGCAGGCCUUAGAUAUUCCACUCUAAUAUCUGGUGAGAUCAACAGAGAUGGUGUCAGAACAACAGGUCUGCUUCCUAGGGGGCUCAAAAGAGAGGUCCUGUUGGAGAAACAAAGUCUCCUAAAUCCUUUCAGCCAUGCGCUGGGCAUCCGGAAACAGUUCAGGAAGAGAGGAGGGAAUUCAGAGUGUUUCUGGAAGUACUGUGUCUAAAACAGUGACUGAAAACAGGCACGAGGCAGGGCUUGCACUGAAAGAAAAAAAAUCAAACAUCUUACACUCACAAUGGCACAUACAGCCGAAAUAAAUAAGAAAUACCUCACAUGCAUAAAGCGCAUGUGCAGUCACACACCCUCACACGCACACACAGACAUACACAAAAUGCCCCAUCUAUGAUUGAGACAUAUUGCUUAGGGGCUUUAAGAUGAUUUAUUAGGGUUUAGU